UUGGAAAUUUUUUAUUUUUUUUUUUUUUUUUUUUGAUUCGUUGCUGGUUCAUUUGCAAACUAGCCAUGUAAUAUAUUGAAUGUGAAUCGUUUAUUCGACUUGAGUUUUAGUUUGAGGAUAUACCCACUAUAAAUCGUCAGACAUUUCAAUUCAAUUUGAUCAUUAUAAUCACAGAUCAUCAUAAUGGCAACUUCGUUUUCUUCUUUUAUUUUUCUCAUUAUACCAGUUUUAUUAUCGAUUAUCAAUGAUACGAAUGGACAUAAAUGGAAACACGGCGGAUAUGGUGGUGAUACAUCAUAUUUAAGUGAUUGCGGUGGAGGAUGCCAUAAUACUGGCAUUGAUAGUACUGGCUAUUCAUCUACUAAUUAUCAUCAUAGUUCAUCAUCACAAACAUAUUCGGUACAAAAAAAAUAUAAUGAUCAUGUCAUUCAAACGGAACCUGUUGUUAGUGUACCAGCAACUAUUGUAAAGAAAACUUAUGCUGUUCAACAUGUGCCAACUGUUGUAAAGAGAACAUACUAUACACAGCCAACACAUUCACAUUAUCGGCAGGAUACAGGAUGUGGUAUCAAUCCAUGUGGUGGUGGUGGAUCCAAAAUAAUCAAAAUUAUCAAGAAAACUAGCACAUAUAACGAUGGAUGUGGUUAUGGUGAUUGCAAUAGUUACAAUAAUGCUGGUUAUAUUGAUACAGGAUAUGUUCAACCGGUUGUUGUUAAAAAAAUUACAAGAAUCAUAACACCACCACAAACGGUUAAAGUCGUUAAAGUUGUUGACGAUGGUAUUGGUGGUGGUGUCGGUUAUGGUGGAUCCGGUACUGGAUGGAAUGGUAAUAGUGGUGGUGGUGGUGGUGUUGCAUAUGCAUCAGCUAGUGCAUCGGCAAGUGCCAGUGCCAGUGCUAGUGCAGGCACUGGAACAAAUAUUGGUACUGGUUAUGGCCAUGGUAUCAAUACUGGCACUUAUCAAACGGAUUGCAAAUAUGGUUGUAAUGAAUGGAAAAAAUAAUUACCAAAAAAAAACUAAAGAAUCCAAAGAAAAAUUUUUUAUUUUA